AUGGAUUUAAUCGAGAUGCAGCGAUACGAUCUUCUUAUCCAAGAAAUAGAAGGCAUAGACGAUUAUUUGGGACCGACUUUUCGGUACGUAAGCUUGAUUAAACAUUCGCCCUUCGAUGAAAAUUUUCGUCGAAAAUCGCGCUUUCCGGGUGGCAUCCCUUCACGCAGAUGCAACAUGUAUCGUGCAUAUGCGCAUUCGAAGGGUUGAAAACGGGGAUGGAUACCCUAUACUAGCAUAAAGAAAAAUUAAAUUAGGGUACCAUUAUGUCAAGGUUGUCAACUAACCAAGUUGACAAUCUAGUGUCAACUAUGGUUCCAAAGCACGAAUAUUUGUUAUAUGAAAUAGAAUCUACAGAUACUAAUAGUAUAGGUCUUGUUUUCAGAGCAAUCUACAAUGGCCACGAACAUCAAAAAUUUAUGGAAAAACUUGAUGAGCGUAUCAAGGCACAUGACAAAGAUAUUGAAAGAAUGUGCAAUCAUCAUUAUCAAGGUUUCAUUGAUUCAAUCAGAGAACUCUUGCAAGUCAGAUCUCAAGCACAACAACUUAAUGCCGAGAUAUUAGAACUUGAUAGAUGUAUUACUGCUACUGCUACCAAAGUAAUAGAAAAAGGAGAGGAACUUGUUAAAGCACGCAAAGUAGAGAGUAAUAUGGCUGCAGCAGUAGAUAGUCUCACUAUGUGUCUUCCUGUUUUAGCUGCCUAUGCAAAGUUACAAAAACAGCUGAAAGACAAACGUUAUUAUCCAGCUUUGAAAACGUUGGAGCAGCUAGAACAUCAUGACUUACCAAAAGUAACAAAUUACAGAUUUUCUUCACAAAUUACUCAACAAAUUCCACAACUACGUGAAAAUAUAAAAGAUGCUUCCAUGUCUGAUUUAAGAGACUUUUUAGAAAAUAUUAGGAAAUAUUCACCAAAAAUUGGUGAAGUUGCUAUGAGACAUACACAAGAACAAUUAACCGUUGAAGCAGAGAUUAUUGGUAGAAAAAAGAAGAAAUUACAUACAACAAAUUCUUUAUCAAAUGAGUCAGAAGAAGAAUUAAGUGCUCAAGAUUUAAUGGAUUUUAGUCCUGUUUAUCGUUGUAUGCAUAUUUAUACUGUGCUUCGUGAAGGAGAAACAUUUAAAGCAUACUAUAGACAACAAAGAAAACAGCAAGCUAGAUUAGUUUUACAAUCACCUAUUAAUAUGCAUGAAAGCAUAACUGGUUAUCAAACAUAUUUACAAGGCAUUGUAGGAUUUUUUGUUGUAGAAGAUCAUAUUUUAAAUACUGGCAAUGGUUUAGCUACGCGUGCUUAUUUAGAUGAGUUAUGGCAAAUGGCAUUAUCAACAAUCGUGAAUGCAUUACGUACACAUUCCAAUUAUGGGUAUUCCGUAGGCCAACUUUGGGAUUUGUUACAAGAAAUUCGAGUACAUUAUAAUGAAGUACUUAUGCAACAUUGGGUUCAAGUGUUUAGAGACAUUUUGGAUGAAGAUAGUUUUUUACCAAUUCAGGUUACAACGCAGGAAGAAUAUGAUAAUGUUCUUGAUUUGUUUCCGUACCAUGACGAAGAAUUACAGAAAGUAGAAUUUCCUAAAAAAUUUCCGUUCUCGGAUAUGGUACCAAAAGUUUAUCAACAAGUAAAAGAAUUCAUCUAUGCUUGUUUAAAAUUUUCAGAAGAUUUAAAUUUCACUCAAACAGAAAUAGACGAAAUGAUCUGUAAAUCGACGAAUUUAUUAUUAACAAGGACAUUUAGCGGAUGCUUAUCAUCAUUAUUUCGAAAACCAUCAUUGGCUCUUCUACAAGUGGUUCAAAUUAUAAUAAAUACCGGCUACCUUGAAAAAUCUACGAAAUAUUUAGAAGAAUUUGUAUCUAAUAUUACCGGAACCCCACAUGAAGGACAGCUAAGUAGUAUGGGUGUUGAAUCAACUAUGUUUAGAGUUGCGAGGGAUGACGCUGAAAAACAAAUCUGUGAGAAAUUAAAGAAUAAACUUGAUGAAUUUUUAGAAUUAGAAAAUUACGACUGGAAUUUGGCAGAACCUCAAGGGCACGCGUCUGGUUUUAUUACCGAUCUCAUAGCGUUUCUGCAAAGUACUUUUACUUGUUUUACUAAUCUACCGGAUGAGGUUGCACAAGUUGCCUGUCAGUCUGCUUGUUCUCAUAUAGCGAAAUCUAUAUUAGGAAUAUUAAUUAGUGACGAUGUAAAACAAAUAUCGAUGGGUGCUCUUCAACAAGUUAAUUUAGAUACAAUACAAUGCGAGCAAUUUGCUGCCUCGGAACCUGUUUCUGGUUUACCCGAAGGUACCUUACUUCAACAUUUUGCACAAUUAAGACAAUUACUAGACUUAUUUAUGAGUUGGGACUGGCCUACUUAUUUUCAUGACUAUGGUCAUGAAUCAAGUAAAUAUCAUCUUGUGACUCCAAACAUGGCUGUACUUUUGUUAGAGAAAUUAAAAGAAUCUGACAAAAAAACAGUAUUUUCUGUAUUAAAGAAAAGCGAACGGGAUAAGAAAAAACUUUUAGAGACUGUAUUGAAACAGUUACGCCAAUUAGCACAAACUACUCAGCAGUAAAUGGAAAUUAAGUCAGUAUGUACAUAUUUCAAAAAAAGAUUGUAAAUAGAUAAUUUUUAAUAUAUAUAUAAAUAUGUUUAGAGCAUAA